UCAUGGCUUCUUCAACACCAGCUGUUAAGGGGUCGGAGUUUAUAGCCGAAAGCAUGCCGGACGCGCUUAGGCAGAGCCGAUACCACAUGAAGAGGUGCUUCGCCAAGUACAUCGAAAAGGGAAGAAGACUAAUGAGACUUAACCACUUGAUGGAUGAGAUGGUGAAAGUCAUUGAGGACAAGGUUGAGAGAAACCAUGUCUUGGAAGGUGUUCUUGGCUAUAUCUUGUGCUCUACUCAGGAAGCAGUUGUAGUCCCUCCCCAUGUUGCCUUUGCCAUAAGGCCAAACCCCGGUUUCUGGGAAUUCGUUAAAGUCAACUCCGAAGAUCUCGCAGUGGAGGGCAUCAGCGCCACGGACUACUUGAAAUUCAAAGAAAUGAUCUAUGAUGAGAAAUGGGCAAAUGAUGAAAAUGCAUUGGAGGUUGACUUUGAAGCAGUCAACUUCUCUGUUCCUCACUUGACGCUCUCUUCCUCGAUCGGAAAUGGCGUCAGUUUCGUUUCAAAGUUCAUAACUUCGAAGCUAAGCGGGAGAUUGGAGUGCGCGCAGCCGCUUGUGGAUUACUUACUAUCAUUAAAUCAUCAAGGAGAUAAACUUAUGUUAAAUGACACUCUAAACACUGCUUCCAAGCUUCAAAUGGCACUUCUUGUAGCUGAUGUUUACCUCGCAGCACUUCCACAGAAUACUCCCUACCAAAACUUUGAGCUAAGGUUUAAAGAGUGGGGUUUUGAGAAGGGAUGGGGGGAUACUGCAGAAAGAGUAAAAGAGACAAUGAGAUUCCUCUCAGAAGUACUUCAAGCACCGGACCCGUUACACAUGGAGAAUUUCUUUAGCCGGAUUCCGACGAUAUUCAACGUCGUGAUUUUCUCUCCUCAUGGCUACUUUGGCCAAGCAGAUGUUCUUGGAUUGCCAGAUACUGGUGGACAGGUGGUCUACAUUUUGGAUCAAGUGAGAGCUCUUGAAGAAGAACUGCUUCUGAGAAUCAAGCAACAAGGGCUAAAUGUCAAACCACAAAUUCUGGUGGUAACGCGUCUCAUACCAGAUGCAAAAGGAACCAAAUGCAAUCAGGAGUUGGAAGAGAUCAUAGGCGCCAAGUACUCUAACAUCCUCAGGGUGCCAUUCAAGACAGAGAAGGGGGUUCUCAACCAAUGGGUUUCUCGUUUUGACAUCUAUCCUUAUCUCGAGCGAUAUGCUCAGGAUGCCACAGCCAAGAUCCUUGACCACAUGGACGGCAAGCCAGAUCUUGUUAUUGGAAACUACACUGAUGGCAAUCUGGUUGCUUCCAUUAUGGCUAAAAAACUUGGCAUAACUCAGGGAACUAUUGCACAUGCUUUAGAGAAGACCAAAUAUGAAGAUUCAGACCUCAAGUGGAAGGAAUUAGAUCCCAAGUACCAUUUUUCAUGCCAAUUCCUAGCUGAUACCAUUUCCAUGAAUGCAACAGAUUUCAUUAUAGCAAGCACAUUCCAGGAGAUUGCAGGAAGCAAGGAUAGACCAGGACAAUAUGAAAGCCAUGCUGCAUUUACUCUCCCGGGGCUAUGCAGAGUUGUCUCGGGCAUCAACGUCUUCGAUCCCAAGUUCAACAUUGCUGCACCUGGCGCCGAUCAAUCGGUCUAUUUCCCUUACUCGGAGAAACAAAAGCGAUUCACAUCGUUUCAUUCUGCUAUUGAAGAGUUGCUUUAUAAUAGAGAGGAUAACAAUGAACACAUUGGAUAUCUAGCUGAUAGGAAGAAGCCUAUAAUCUUCUCAAUGGCAAGACUUGACACCGUCAAGAACAUUACGGGAUUAACCGAGUGGUAUGGGAAAAACCAAAAGCUGAGAGAUCUGGUUAACCUUGUCAUUGUGGGAGGAUUCUUUGACCCUUCAAAAUCAAAAGACAGAGAGGAAAUGGCAGAGAUAAAGAAGAUGCAUUCACUGAUUGAGAAGUACCAACUCAAAGGUAAGAUCAGGUGGAUAGCGGCGCAAACUGAUAGGCUGCGCAACGGAGAACUCUACCGGUACAUUGCCGACUCAAAGGGUGCUUUUGUGCAGCCUGCCCUGUAUGAGGCAUUUGGUCUUACAGUCAUAGAGGCAAUGAACUGCGGAUUGCCCACUUUCGCAACCAACCAAGGAGGGCCAGCAGAGAUCAUUGUCGACGGAGUUUCAGGUUUCCACAUCGACCCCAACAAUGGGGAUGAGGCAAGCAACAAAAUCGCUGAGUUCUUCGAGACAUGCAAGAGGGACGCAACGUACUGGAACGAGUUCUCCGCAGCUGGUUUACAGCGCAUAAACGAAUGCUAUACCUGGAAGAUAUAUGCAACAAAGGUGGCGAACAUGGGAUGCGUUUACAAUUUCUGGAGGCAGUUGAACAAGGAUCAGAAACAGGCAAAGCAAAGAUACCUCCAAAUGUUUUACAGUCUCUUAUUCAGGAAACUGGUGAAAAACGUGCCAAUUCCAAAUGAGGAGCCUGAACAGCCUGCGCCAAAGCCGGCUGCCAAACCGCCGCCAACACCAGCACCAAGCACGAAACGUUCACAGUCACGAUUGCAAAGGUUGUUUCGAGGUUAAUGAACCAACGUACCUGCAAGCUUAGCUUGGUCCAUGUUAAAUGCAUGUUUUUUCAUGUGUUUUCGGAGCUUAAUUUCUUAUUCUUAAUUACGAGACUAUACAAAUAAAGUGGACUUUGAAGAAUUAUUUGUUUUUAGAGAUCUUGGGCUUUCUUUGUAAUAAGGGAUUCACUGACU